AUGGCUGCCCCUGGAAGAGAUGACGGUCGACAUUGGACAUCGAUACUUUUCGCAGCGCUGACCACCAUCGACACUCAAGGUCUUCCCGAACAACGCACAGAUCUAUCUCUGUCCGCAAUCUGCUUGAACGAUCUUCGGCGGCGUCCAUGCGCCAGUGCAUUGAAAUGCCACCCGCCCUCAAUUUGCAAACGCUCGACCACAAAAUCAAUGCACAGUCCUCAAUCCCUGACAAAACUAUAUCGACUUGUCGCUAUCUUGGCAGGCAACAAGCUUCCAUCAGCCCCAGCUUUAUCGCCCAGAACAGGUGCCUUCCCAGUCACCUCAUUUCACGCUAAUCCCAGGAUAGCCCAAUCCCAAUGCGCUAAAUCUUGUGCAGAGUGGGGAUGA